AUGUUGGCACGGGCUUUCCUUCGCAAUGGCUUCGGCCUCUUGGUCCCCUUGGCCGUCGCCUGCUCCAUCUACCUGUACUUGUACCCCGUCUUCAGCAGAUGCGCAUUCCCCCUGCCGUCCAGAGACCCCGAUGCUGCAUUUGAGGAGACCAAGAAGCUGCAUUGGCCGUAUGCCGACGCCGAGACGAAUGCGCAGGCCCAUGCAUUGCCCACCAAGCAGGCGCCAUUUCGGCUCUUGGCCCUCGGUGAUCCCCAGCUCGAGGGUGAUACGUCCAUCCCAACAGUCUACUUGGGCAUUUUCCCCCACGUCAAGACCAUUUUCCAGCGGCUUACUUUUCAAAUAUGGCACGACUCUCUCCGGGAUCGAGUGCGAGUAAUACUACACGACAUCAUCGACAUUUUUUUCGAAGAUAUCCCCUUUAUUUUCGAGUCGUGGCGCAAACGCUUCGACCUGUUCGGCAACGACUUCUAUCUCGCGCACAUCUACAGAACCUUGCACUGGUGGACGCAGCCUACACACGUUACUGUGCUGGGGGAUCUCCUGGGCAGCCAGUGGAUCGAGGAUGACGAAUUUGAACGUAGAGGCCGACGGUUUUGGAACCGAACCUUUCGGGGCGGUGAGCGCGUACCUGAUGAUGUAGCCAUGUGGCCCAAUAUCGAGUACAAUCUGUCCGGCAUAUUGGACGGUUCUGCGGCCGAAGAAGUCUGGAGAAGAAGAAUAAUGAAUGUGGCCGGAAAUCACGACAUUGGCUACGCUGGCGACUUAACCCCCGAGCGCAUUGAACGGUUUGAGCGAGUAUUUGGCAAGGCAAACUACGAGCUACGAUUCGAACUUCCCGUCACCGACCCUGAGACCAAUGCUACAAUUCAAGAUCCGGAAACAAACCCUGCCUCCGUGCGACUACCCCCUGAGCUGCGAAUCAUUGUAUUGAACGACAUGAACUUGGACACACCCGCAAAAGACCAAGGCUUGCAGGACGCUACGUACAACUUCAUCAACGCAGCCAUUGGUACGGCAUGUGCUGUCGAAUACAAGGGCCAAUUCACCUUGAUUUUGACUCAUAUUCCCCUCUAUAAGCCUGCCGGCAUCUGUGUCGAUUCACCUUUUUUCGAUUUCCAUGGCGACCAUGACGGGGGAGGCGUCAAGGAGCAAUACUUGCUCAGUUCAGAUGCCAGCAAAGGUAUUCUUGAAGGCAUUUUUGGUGUUAGCCGCGAUCCCCAAGCCGCCGGACAAGGUAUGGGCCGCCCUGGACUUGUCCUCAACGGACACGACCAUGAGGGCUGUGACACGUACCACUUUGUUAACCAAACAAACGGCACCACUCCCGAUGAACGAUCCUGGGAAUCACGCAAGUGGCAGGACGUGAGGGUGUCCAACAUUCAGCAGUUGCAACAGCAUCCCGGACGACGAGAGAUCACCGUGCGCAGCAUGAUGGGCGACUUUGGUGGUAAUGCUGGCCUUCUGAGCAUGUGGUUCAACCACGACACUUGGGAAUGGGAACACGAAUAUGUCGACUGUCCCCUUGGGCGACAACACUUCUGGUGGCUGACACAUUUUAUAAUAUUUGGCGUAAUACUUUUUGGAUCUUCUUACGUGGCGGUCGCAAUUUUGGAAUCCAAAGGCGUCGAUGUAGAUGCUCGUCUUCGUCAAGCCUUUGUUUGGGCACAACAGCAGUUGAAGGAGUUGGAGAAGAAGCGACAGGCGCGUAAGAACGCGGCGGUAUCGAACGGGAAGCCCGGGGGGAAGUCAUGA